CUCCCCCUUUAGCCCCGGAAUCCGCCACUGUCUCUCGGAGUUGAUCGCGAUACCGGGCACCCGCUCUCCCCCCGCACCGCCAUGUCAGACAAACUGCCCUACAAAGUCGCUGACAUCAGCCUGGCCGAGUGGGGCCGGAAAGCCAUCGACAUCGCAGAGAACGAGAUGCCUGGGCUGAUGAAGAUGAGGGAGAUGUACGGAAGCUCUAAGCCGCUGAAGGGUGCGCGGAUUGCGGGCUGCCUGCACAUGACCAUUCAGACAGCGGUGCUGAUCGAGACCCUGACCAGUCUCGGAGCAGAGAUUCAGUGGUCGAGCUGCAAUAUUUUCUCCACUCAGGAUCAUGCCGCCGCUGCGAUUGCCAAAACUGGGGUUCCUGUCUUCGCGUGGAAGGGAGAGACCGAUGAAGAGUACAUCUGGUGCAUCGAGCAGACCCUGAUCUUCCGGGACGGCAAGCCACUGAACAUGAUCCUGGAUGACGGCGGAGACCUGACCAACCUGAUCCACACCAAGCACUCCAAACUCCUGAAAGACAUCAAGGGGGUGUCAGAGGAGACCACGACUGGCGUGCACAAUCUCUUCAAGAUGCACAAGAAAGGAGAGCUCAAAAUUCCAGCCAUCAAUGUGAACGACUCUGUCACCAAGAGCAAGUUCGAUAACCUGUACGGUUGUCGGGAAUCGCUUAUCGAUGGAAUCAAGCGUGCGACGGACGUGAUGAUCGCAGGCAAGGUGGCUGUGGUCGCUGGCUAUGGGGAUGUUGGCAAGGGUUGUGUCCAAGCCCUGAGGGGGUUCGGGGCCAGGGUCAUCGUAACCGAGGUCGACCCCAUCAACGCCCUGCAGGCGGCCAUGGAGGGGUACGAGGUCACCACCAUGGAUGAGGCAUGUAAUGAGGGCAACAUCUUCGUGACUACCACCGGCUGCAGAGAUAUCUUGCUGGGCAGGCACUUUGAGAAGAUGAAGGAUGAUUCCAUUGUGUGCAACAUCGGCCACUUUGACAUCGAAGUGGACGUGAAAUGGCUGAAUAAGAACGCAGCUGAGAAAAUCAACAUCAAGCCGCAGGUCAGUGCCGACUCAGCAGUGGAUCGCUACAGGCUGAAGAACGACCAUCACAUUAUUCUCCUGGCAGAGGGCCGGCUGGUGAACCUGGGCUGUGCUAUGGGCCACCCCAGCUUUGUCAUGAGCAACUCUUUCACCAAUCAGGUGCUGGCACAGAUUGAGCUGUGGAAAAACCCAACCAAGUACCCGAUUGGAGUACACUUCCUGCCCAAGAAGCUGGAUGAAGAGGUGGCUGCCGCCCACUUGGACAAGCUGGGGGUCAAGUUGACCAAGCUGACGGAGGAUCAGUCAUUGUACCUCGGGGUCCCGAUAAACGGACCCUUUAAACCCGACCACUACAGAUACUGAGUCCACUUCUGCCUUGUGCAGGGGCGCGGGAGGAACCAAAGAACUGUCUCCAAACAGGAGGAUGGACUCGCGCUGUUUACUGUUAACACAGCUUCGGGGAGUCUGGACGGAGUGAAUCGAGUGAAACGCAUGCUCUCCUCCCCGGGCUGGUAUUUCCUCUGUCCUGAAUCACUUGUAAUCAUGUCGCCACCAAAGUCUCUGUUUCUCAGUCUGUUUCGGAGUAAAAUUCCGCACGAACGAGUUACUCAAAAUCCAUAAAUAUGAAUUUCUCAUA